AUGAAUGUUGUAGACCAGAGCCAGAUACAUUCCAAAAUAACGGCAACAGAGACACAAACCUAUGCUAAGACCAUGUUAAAGGAAUUGCUGAGAUUUGACGUUCAUCAUCGAACUGAAAAGGACUUACGGGAACACGUCUCUCGACUUCACUGUUUGUGCACCUCGCUGAAGAAUCUAGUAGCUGUAACGAAGGACCUGUUGGCUUUGAGAAACACUGAAGUCGAACAGCUCUGUAAAAAUAUAAAUAUUAUGGAGAAAAGAAUUAAUUUGGAAAGAAAUAAGCAACAAAACGUUCUUAAUACUUUGUCUGAGUCUGCAAGGUUGAAUGAAGACAUUAAAGCACAAUACCAUUGUCAAAUAGAGAUUUUCAACGACCUGCGAGCUCGGUACGAGGAGAAGGUGGCGCUCCUGGUGGCCGAGAACACGCACUUGUCAGGGUUGUUCGCGGAGCAGAACACUAACAUGGUAGGAGAUGGAAUGGAGGGUAGACAUUGUAACAGUCCUGAAGAAACAAGAGAAAGUAAACAGUUAUCUGAUGUAUUCGGUCAAUGUGAACCAUACGAGAUAUCUACUGAUCUAACAAGUCACUUAAGUGAUAGAAAAGCGCUAUGUGAGAUUCUGACCAAUGAAGAAGAAAAUAUUGUACCGAAAGAUCCUAGUAUUGAUAAGCACUCUAAAUCAUGUCCUAAUGAUGUAACCGACACAGUAGCAGAGAAACAAAAGGGGUAUGGAGAGGGAGAAGUACAAGUAGGAGUAAUAAUGAAAUCCAAGGGAGAUAACGAAGAGGAAAUUGCCACAUCAGGACCAGAGAUCAUUCAAUCUCUGCAACUCACAGAAAAUGUUAUGGGCAAGGAAAUAGCAGAACACACAGGACAGGGGGAGGGGGAGACGUCUGGUCUUACAGCUGAUAUAUUAUGA